UUCAGUUAGGGCAUCCGCUAGGCGACAAGUGCAAUUCGGUUUGUUUUUCGGAAUUUAUUCGCUCUUCAUUUUUUUGGGGCGACAAAACUUUGGCGAAAUGGAUCAACGACAUGUGUGCGAGUUGCUGCUGAGUAGCAUGCAACUCACGUUGGUUAAAUGAUGACGACGACGACGACGACGACUAUGAAGCCGUUGAAGUCGUCGUCAUGGGCAUGGAAACGAAUGAAACGUGCCUUUUGGGGGAACUGAGGUUGGGUAUCAUAUUAAAGCGACGAUAACAUUGAGCUUGAUGGCUACUUUUGAUGGGAUUCGAUACGUUUUUAAAUGCGCAAAUAUUGCGACUUGUGUCCCAUUUGCAUUGACCGAGCAAGAGUUAUAGUUAUCAUAGCCCAAAAACAAAUAUAAAUCAACAAAAAAAAACAGAAAUUAAUGCUGCUGACCUUGCGACCGUUACUGAAUUCUGAUGUAGAAUCCACCCACCUUAAUAUAUAGUUCACUAUAUAAGCGACUGCCAGCACAGCAGCCAGUCACAUACCGUUAAUAUUCGUUGAGCGCGCAACAUGAAGACAUUUACAGGAAUAGUUAUGCUGAUGCUGCUACUGGCUGCAUGCAUCUCAGCCAUGCCACAACGUCGACAUCGCCAGCAGAAGAGUCAGCGACAAGUGGAGUUGGCAAGCACACCGUAUCCGGCAGCUGGCUUCCGGCCAAAAAUACCCUUCGAGCUACCCAGCGAGCAACAGCCUAAGGUGGAGGUGCCAACAACAGCGGCAACUUUCAAAAUUGCGGCAGAGGAAGCACCGAGCACUACCGAGUUGAUUGAACAGCAACCGGAGCAGGAGCCGACAGACGUGGAGGUCAAUCCGCGCACACCUGCAGCUACUUAUGGUGCACCCGAGCAGGCUGAUGACACUGUUGAGGUGGUGGGUGCACCGGCGCCAGCACAAGACUUUCAGCCGCCCGUACGCGAGGCUGUGGAGGAUUUUGCCGCUGUUGCCAUUGAUGGCGUUGCUGAUGAGCAGCAGCCUGUUGCUGAUUUGCCUGCCCUGGACAAGGUCGAGACACCGCUGAACAAUGAGGAUGAGCAGCAGACUGAAACUGACACUGAGGUCGCUGCCAAGACGGCGCAAGCAACACCUGCCAACACCUAUGGUGCGCCCAACACGCCCGCCGACAACUAUGGCCCACCAGAGCUCGAGGAGCCCAUCGACAACGAACUGGACGUGGAGGAGUCACAGGUGGAGUUGGUCGAGGAGGCCGAACAGGAGCUAAUCAACGAGGAGGAGGUUGCUGAUGCAGCUGCCCUUAACCUGAGCAGCGGUCGCUUGAUUCUGCUGCCCCUUAAUGCCGCCGGCACCCGAUUCGGACGACUCAUUCUGGCCGUGGAGCAGCCCAGGCAGCCCAAACAGCAACUUGGACGCCAACGCAUUCGUAGCGAACGUUUGCGACGCCGCAACUAAGCCAAAUCCAACAGUAAACUGUCUGAUUGACAAACAGGCAUUGAUAAUAAAUAUUUGGAUUAUCUUCCUCUAA